GCCAGAGUUGCUCGCGAGGCAGAAGCGGCAACCCAGCUGGGAAGAAGCAGAAGCAGAAGCGGCCGCUCCGGAGCCGAAAAGACGCGGCGCAGCUCAGCCUCGGACCCGGCCGCAGAGGACCCACCGCCCGCUCGCCUUCUUCUCCUCCUCCGCCCCAUGGGCUCGCCGCGGCGGCCGUGCGCUUGGGCGAGCCUCCUCUGGGGCUGCCUUUCCGUUGUCCUUGCCCAGCAAGUGACGGUCCGCCAUGAGCUCACCGGGUACCUGGGGAAGAAAGUGAUCUUGCCCUGCAGUAUUGCGCUAACUGGGCCUGACGUGAAGCUCAGUCAAGUGACCUGGGUGAACGAGAUCGGAGGCCGAAGGCAGAAUGUGGCCGUCUACCAUCCGAGCCAUGGACCAUACUACCCAAUGGAGAAGAACAGCAGGAGGAUCCACUUCCUUGUUGAAUCCUUGACGGAUGCCACGCUGGUCAUUGAACACCUCCUCAUGACGGACGAGGGCACCUACUCUUGUGAGUUUGCCACCUAUCCCUACGGCAACGAAGUCGGCACCACCAAGCUGAUCGUCUUAGCCAAGCCCACAAGCGGUGCUGAGGCCCUGGAGGUCAAGGCCAGCAACGUGGAGCAGCCUGUGGCCGUGUGCACCUCCUCCAACGGGAAGCCGCCGGCUCGCGUCACCUGGCAGUCGAGGCUGAACGGCAACUCCAGCGUCAAGCAGACCAACAACUCCGACGGCACCGUCACCGUCACCCAGCACUACACCAUGAUCCCCACCAAGGAGGCCAACGAGCAGCAGAUCACCUGCCUUGUCGAGCACGUGGCCCUGACACAACCCGAGUCCUUCCCUGUCCGGCUUUCCAUAUUGUGUGAGUUGCGGCUUUGGGGGGACUGAGGGAGGCUGUCCCCCCCGGGAGUUUAUUUCUGGGUUAGAACGUUAGGAGUGCAAGCCAACAU